AGCAUUUUUCGCAUCCGCGUUUUGGGGCAAGGCUAGGCUAGGCAUGCGCAAACCAGCUGCAAGACGCUGCCCCCGCGCAAAAUAAAUCGUAUGCUGGGGCAGCUCUUAUGGUAUGCAUCAGUGGCAGUGGCUGCUGCUGCUGCCCGCAGCCCCGGGCGCGAACUCUACGAGCAGUUAGAAUAUGUAAAUAGUGGCGGCGGCGAGUGCUUCGUGUCUCAGGAGACCGCGGACCUACCGGCGUGUAGCGCCGUCGUGUGCUCGGGAUUGAUGGCGGCGGCGCUGCCCGUCGGGUGGCUGAAGACGCUCGGCGACAUAUUCGGGGAGGUGCGAUGCGUCGCGCGGCCGCCGCGCGGCAAGAAGUGCGCCUGCAAAGCCGCGGCCGCGACGCGGUCUUUGAAAGACCAGGUCAGCGCGACGUCAUACGUUUUCCACGGCGACAGCACGACGCGCAACAUGCAGGAACCGUUCGCGGACAUGGCUAUCCUGGCAGCAUCUGGCGCGAGAGGAGAAAAAUACUGGCUCGACCAAGUCGUGAAGGCGAGCCGGCGCGCCCUCGCCGCCGCGAGGCUCGGUAACCGCGCGGCGCUCGCGCAAAUGUACCCGGGCGACAGCCGGGUGGCGACCCAUUUGCGUCAGAUGGACACCGGCCGCAACAAAGAGUUGGAAGCUCUCGUGAAGGCGGCGAAGGAACGUGUCGUCGAGCGGCCGUGGGAAGACCCGAAGUCGACGUUGUACCACAACGGGCCGAACCCGCGGCUCUCGAUACUCCGUUCGCUCCGGGCGUCGAACGCCUACGACGAUGCGACGUACAAAGGGCUCCGCUACGCCCGGAUCGAUUCCUUCAACCACGAGUCCGUCCAGGGCUUUCCGGUGUGGGACGGCGAGGAGGACGUGCGGCGGGCCUGGGUCGUCAACUACGGGUUGCACGCGUUCCACGCGUGGCCGAGUCGCGAUCUGGAGCCGGAGGAUGCGAAUUACGUCGGGGACCUGAUUGACACCUUCCAUAAAAUACUCCGCGACGCCCUGAAGCGAGGCGUGCUGGAGAGCACCAUAUUGGUCUGGCGACAUACGAGCUUCGUCUGUAGGAAGAACGUGCGAGGGCGCUGGAACGCUGCCCUCCUUUCGCUCGAGGCGGAGCCGCGAUUGGCCGUCGCGCCGAUCGCGCGCGAGUGCAUCGAAGCGCGCCGGGCCAACUUUUCGUCCGUGACGCCGAAGAAAUGGGGCGUGCUGGGCGUCGAGGACUUCUGCGUGAACGGCACCAUGGACGCCUACGGCACGCGCUGGCUCAACGGCGUGGCGUCUCGGGCCGUGACGCGAUUGAACGCGUGCUACCUCGCCGGCGAGAGCGAGGACGGCUUCCCGUGCCCGUCCGACGUGCGCGGCCUCGCCGCGCGGUUCCCGAAAUGGCGCCUACCCGGCGUCCGCAUCCUGCGCGGCGACGCGAUCUCGGAGGCGUUCUGCGGGGCCGUGGACGGGGACGGCAUCCACGCGCCGCAGAGCUGGGUGCUGCUGGCGCGCUGCCUGCACGCGCUCGCCGCGCCGGGCAGGGACUAGUCGCCCUAAGAAAUAUGUAGCGUGA